ACAAUACAAAUCGUGCCUGUAGCACACCCGUUGAGUACCACUGUGUUGCUCAAACAUCCUUUCUGUUUUCUCAGAUAUGCAUUGAGAUGGCCGAACCUGGUGGAUUAACACAGGUGAUGGAGAGCAAUGUCACCAAGGACUAUUUAUCUUCUUGGAGUAAAGCUGGACGUAUUGAGUCUUUGAAGAGCCUGAAACAGCGUCUGCAAGACUCUGGUGAGAACAAAGUUCACCUCAAAAUGAAAACCAAGAAGACCGCAGAAUCGACAGAUGCAGUGACCAAAGGUGACUGCCAGGCGGAGAGCCAGAGGACCGAGGAGGAAGCAGUGACCCAGCCCGAUGCUGCAGCCGCCCCUGCUGGACGGCAGCCAGAGCCCAAGUGUCCUGAUGACGAGACACAGGAGGGAGAGGAGAAGGAUGGAUGGAGCAUGGCCGACAUUAAAGUUGUGGGAAAACGCAGGAGGGAGCUUGUCGGACCUGAGGCAAAGCGAUCUCGCGCUCAGUCUCCGUGUGUUGUAGCAGAUUUCAGACUGCCUCAGUUCAACCCUAACAGCCCCAUCGGUCAGGAGUUUGUGGUCCCUAAAUCAGGAUUUUUCUGUAACAUCUGCUCUGUUUUCUGCCUGAAUGAGAAGACCGCCAAGGAACUCCACUGCUGCAGCCAGAAACACUACGACAACCUGCAGAAGUAUUAUGAGGAACGUCGACAAAGAGCUACAAAGACUUUGUCUCACACGUCUCCAGGCUCCGUUUCUGACUGAUGGACCUGAUCUACUGGAGAACAAGCCAUUGUUAUUGAUCCUACUAGUUCAGAAACUAAACUAAUCGCCUUCUGGCACCUUUUGUUGUAAGUUAUAUAUGUCUUCUUUGAUGAAUUGUCUCCCAGCCUUUCAGUUAGUGCUUCUGUUUUUGUUUGUACAGGCCGAUGGAGAGCACCGUUUUGAUCUUGUUACUAUUUUAUCUUUUAUGUGAAAAUAUUAUUGAGAAAUUGUCCCUAUUAAUUUAGUUAACAUCAGGAGGUACCUGACAGCUGUUAACAGUUUACUAAAUCUUGUUUUUUUUUUUUUUUGCUCAUUUAGAUCUUUGGCUUCAGUUUCUUUAAGUGUCCAAAAUGUGUUUGCUGCUGUUCUGUUAAACAUGAAAUAAAACCUGUCACAUGUGUGUCAUACA